GAAUACGCUUCGACCUACUAGUACGUGCAUCUUCAUGCUCAUGUCUACUUAUAUUCUAUUCUAAUCCAUAUUUUCCACAACUUUCUCACUAAUAGAAUCCAAUAGACUCUACGCCUCACGUCAACCGUCAAAAACGUCAACUUGCACACCAUAUGGUUCAAUACUACUUAAUAAAAUAACUUCUCUAGUUUUUUUUUUUUUUGGCAAAAUUGAAAUUAAUUGGAAGCAAACUAGGGUUUGUUUUUUGGUGCUCCAACGAAGAAAAGGGGGAAAAAAAAAGCACAAAUUCCAUGUAUUCAAUCCCUCAAUUUGCUCACAAAAUUAGAGUAUUUUUCUAAUCAUGUUGAGCUCCAAUUGUACUCAUUCUUUUCCACCACGCCCUUUUCUUUCUAAUUUAUCACGUAGAUUUAGGGUUUCCAAAUUUCCCCCCAAAUCUUUACACACAUUUACACAUAGAAUUAGAAUCAAUGAACCCCAUCAUAGGAUUUCUACUAAGAGGUGGAAAAUUUCAUGCUUUAGGAAUGAAGAAUCGUCUUCUGGUGCCUCCAACCCUGAGUUUAUUGAUGAUUUUUUACGCAAGGAAUUGGAGAAGCCGGAAAUUGAUAAACCAAGCGUGGAAAAAAGAAACUUGAUUUCACAAUUUAGAGAGGCUGCAGAUGUAGUAUUUAAGGUGAUCGGGAAACCAUGGACUGUCCCUUGGACAGCGGAGACGAUCCUUCAGGUUAUGCUUCUUUGGAUCGUCUCAUUUUGGUUUAUAGGUUCGUGGAUGAUACCCUUUGGAGCGUAUAUGGUGGGUAUCAGUAAAGAAUCACUCACAUUCCGAGGGCAGGCUUUGUUCAGCCUUUUGACUGAUGUAACUGAGGGUCUUGCUGGAAUUCUAAUUCUUAAACGCUGUCUAUCCCGUUUUCGUCCCCUUCCAUCCGAUUGGUUCAAAUUUAGCCUCAAAGGGAACUGGCUGUUGGACGUUCUCCUCGGAUGUCUCAUGUUCCCAUUAGUAAACCGGCUGUCGCAGUUCAACCUGGACUUGUUGCCUGUUCUCCCUUCAACUCCCAUAACACUCUCUAGCGUCGAGCAGUCUAUAUUGGCCCGGGAUCCAGUAGCAAUGGCGCUGUACGCGUUGGUACUUGUCGUGUGUGCCCCUCUUUGGGAGGAGAUUGUAUUUAGGGGGUUCCUUCUACCAUCAUUGACAAAAUACAUGCCUGUAUGGUGUUCAAUUCUUAUGAGUUCAAUUGCCUUUGCUUUAGCACAUUUUAAUGUACAAAGGAUGUUACCAUUAAUUUUUCUAGGGGUUGUAAUGGGUGUAAUAUAUGGACGUUCAAGAAAUUUAUUGCCAUCCAUCCUCUUGCAUAGUCUAUGGAAUGGCUUUGUAUUCUUAGAUUUAAUGAAAUAAAUACAACUUUUUUUUUGUUCUCCCAUUAAA